AUGAAUAUAAAAGUGCGAGGAUGGGCUACAGGUACUACAUUCAUGAUUUUUCCUCGCUGUAAAGCAGAAACAACACCGAUGCGUGAUUUGGAGGAAGGAAAAGGAAAGAAAGAUCAAGCGCCACCACCUGGCUGGGUUCCAGUGCAUGAACGUCUUGAGAAAAUCAACAAAUAUACGGAAAGAAUAUUCUCAUAUCCAUUUAGAAUAUUAGAAACGGUUCUUGACAAUAUUCAAAGCUUCAUUACUCAACAUUCAGUGUCCUAUUCAUUUUGUAUGUGUGCAACUAUUUCUGUGACUGUUUCGGCUGCGACUAUUGCUGUUGGAGUUGGGACUGGCGUCGGAGUUGGAUGUAGCAACAACUAG